AUGUCGUACGCUCCCGAUGGUCGCCUGCUGUCGCCUGGCGAGGUCUAUGAAGCCGCGCCCGCGCCCGUGAAAGAAGACGAGUGGCAGGAGGACCUCAACGUUGCCAUGAUCUGCCCGGACUGCAAGGAGAAUCCUCCGAAUCUAGUUGAAGAGUUCAGCGCCGGCGACACCAUUUGCGGUUCCUGCGGUCGCGUUCUCGCAGAGAGGACUAUAGACACGCGCUCCGAGUGGCGCACUUUCUCCAACGACGGCAAGUACUUGCCUGCUUAUCAAGGAAAUGACGAUCCCUCGCGUAUCGGAGACGCCGCGAACCCGCUGCUCCAUGGCUCUCAACUCCAGACAGAGAUCGGUUUUGGCGAUGGUGGUAUGAGAGUCCGCGACUUGAGCCGCGCGCACAACAAGAGCAACCACGAUAAAAUCAACAAGGCCCUGCAGGCCGCAUAUGGACAGAUCUCGGCCCUGUGCGACUCACAAAACAUCAGUCGCCCGACUGCCGAGACAGCCAAGAUGCUGUUCAAGAUGACCGACGACGCCAAAUUGUUCAAAGGCAAAUCGCAAGACGCUAUUAUCGCCGGCUGCAUCUUCAUCGCGUGUAGGAAGCACGACCAGCAGCGCAGUUUCCGUGAGAUCUUCAAGAUGACCAACGUUAGCAAGAAGGAAGUUGGCCGUACAUUCAAGGUUCUCGAAGCCUUCAUACAAAAGUCGCAGAACAGCGGGCCCUCUGUCGCAGGAAACGGUGCUGUCAUCGACACCGUCAACCUUCUCAACCAGAAAGGCGGCACCACAGCCACCAGCGCCGCGAGUCUCAUGCCCCGUGCCUGCGCCAAACUUGCCCUUGGAACACAGGUACAGAUGGUUGCAGAGGAAUGCGCGGAUCAGGUCGCUCAUUACGGAGUCGCAGCUGGACGCUCGCCGCUGUCCAUCGCUGGUGCCUGUCUCUACCUCGUCUCCCAUCUCAUGGGCCAGCCCAAGUCUCCGAAAGAGAUUGGUCUCGCAGUCGAAGUCAGCGACGGAACCAUCCGCACUGCAUACAAGCUCAUGCACUUGGAACAGGACAAGCUCAUCAAGGAGGAAUGGAUCGCAAAGGGUGGCGACCGCUCCAGGAUUCCGCAAGCAUAG